AUGAGUCCAGGCCUCAGAGGAGAAGUCCAGGCCUCAGAGGAGAAGUGGGAGGCUGUGGGUGCCCACAGAAUAUUCUACCAGGUGCAUCCAUUCAAGAUUCUGGAGACGUGUUUCAGAUGUGGGCCAGACUUUGAUGCAUGUGUGCUACUUAGUMAAGUGUGUGUGCAUGCGUGUCAUUUACUUGUGUGUGUGUGUGUCAUUUGCUUGUGUGUGUGUGUGUGUUUUGUGGCACUGUCCACAGUGGUGGAGACGGCCCUAGCUGACUUGGCCCUAGACAUCAUGUGUCUGCUGAUGAAGAACCAGUGGAGCUGGCUGUGCACCGACAACAUCCAGAAGACUAUCCGGCUGCUGUUUGGAACCCUCAUUGACAGUUGGCUUAACGUGAGUGUGGCUAACCUGACCUGUACCCAGUAUUGGGUGAUCUACCUGCGGGUGCUGCAGGAAACGGUGUGGCUGGGGGGCAGCCUACCAGCCCAGCCCAGCCCCGCCCGGCGCAUAGCCACCAACAGGAGGAGGACACCAAGCAGCAAUCCCUGCACUGCCUCAUAUCUGCUCUCAGAAAUGCUGGGCUCGGACAAAUACAGACUAAGCUGGCAGACUGCACUGGAAUCUCUGCAGAACCCUUACAUAAACAGACACCUGGUCUACUGUAUCUGGGACCUUUUCCUCAAGUUCCUCGUCCCUGAAACAUCUGAGGAAAACUUUCAGAAAACACUGCUGCAAAGUCUCUCCAAAAACGCAGAGAAACUACCACCAUGAAAGUCGUGGGAGAGAUACUGGGGUACACACGCACACGCACACGCACACGCACACGCGUUUAAUCAACUGUCAGUGAAUAGACCUCGAUGAAAGUCCAGCCUAAUGUAUCUGGAUAAAUUCCAUUAUUCAUGUUUCCCCACCUUUAACUCUGACAUUUUGGACCCGAGGUCAUCCGGGUCUGUCUCUGAUUUAGUCCAUAACAUUUGUGGGUCUCAAACAUCGGCCACACAUCCGGAGCAGCUUUGAUUACCCAACACCUGUUUUCUGUUUGAUCAGAAUAUGUGUCUGAUCUCCAAAAGCCCAAACACACGUAUGUGUGGGAAAAGCCGCAGUCCCAAACUUCCCAAAUCCAUCCUUUUUCCUGCUUCCUAAAGCCUCCAGCUUUGGACCAAACUCAUUUCAGAUUGACUCCACACCAACAUGAUCCCUCGUGGUCUUUCUAUAUUCUAUUGGAGACGUCCAAUUAGAUUGUUUUCCCACAUCAGGCUUACUGUGUCGUGCUUUGCCCUUUCGGGAUGACUUGCCUAUGUGUUCCCCGUUAUAUGCCGCUAUUCCUUUUGAUCCCUUGGCUCUACACCAAGCUGCACAUGUGCUGUGUUGCAUUAAUACUCUACUCCCUCACUCCUGAGGCCUUGCUCGUACUGAUAUGGCCCACUGACAUGUUUCUGUUAAAGUGGUCACUCAUACGUUUUGAACUUAUGAUGAAGGCCACUGCACUUUAAAGCGCUUGAUAGCCACUUUUCCCAUGGGCCUGACAUGGUUGUUUUAAAUAAUAUAYGCUACAAGUACAUGCAAUUUUCAGUGGUCUCUCUGCUACUUUUUAAAAUUAUGAUACAUUUUAUGAGUACCACCAACACAGUGAAUGGGAAAAUGGAUUCAAAGGGAACUCCCUCUGCUGGUGAUUUGCUGAAUGUGCAAUCAUACUGGAGGGCUGUGAUUGGUUAAUGGCCUAUAAUGUACAUUUUGAUGUAUAGCGUUUAUCAUUUCUUUACAAGUAGCAGAGAGCCCACUCUGGAAAUGUGAUGUUUUUGAAGAGUAUAUUGUUUCAAACAGUAUGUUUAAAAAUAAGCUAAAUCAAAAAKGGCACUUUUGAGAUAUUAAUAMWAUUAUUGUUAAUGUUAAAACAAAUAAUGUGGAAAAAUGUAUUUCAGAUUAUAGCCAUAAUGAAUAUUUCAGAGGAGUAUAAUGACACCGUGAUGUCUGUACCAUGUACCGUUUACGGCUCAUAGGGUCUUACAGGAGGCAUGUAUAGGUAGGUCUAAAAAGGGCCUAAAAUGGCCACUUUCAUCAUGAUUUUCUC